AACAACUUGUAACAACUCGUAACUGUAUGACGGAGACACAUAUGUCAUUCUGAGCGAUGUAGACGUGCCGGUAAACAAUAACAAAUGGCGACCAAACUGCAACUAUUAAAUCGUUCUUUACGCUUUUUCCGACCGAUUAACCAGACUAUAUUACAGUGUAUUGGCAAUCAAACUAUAUUUAAGCGUUGUUACCAUAUAGAUGAUUCAUUGACAGGGAUUUCUGACGAACAACGGCAGUUACGAGACACUGUUCAAAAUUUUUUUGGGAAAGAACUGUCUCCAUAUGCUGAUGAAAUUGACAAGAAAAAUGGCUUUCCGCAGAUGAGGGAAUUUUGGAAAAAACUUGGAGAGCUUGGUCUGCUUGGUAUAACAGCACCAGUGGAAUAUGGUGGCUCAGGAAUGGGUUAUUUGGAUCACUGCCUUGUUAUGGAAGAAAUGAGUCGCAUUUCAGCAGCAGUGGCUCUUAGUUAUGGAGCACAUUCAAACUUGUGUAUCAACCAAAUCCAAAGAAAUGGCAAUGAGAAACAAAAAGAAGUUUAUUUGCCGAAGUUGUGUUCUGGAGAGCAUGUUGGAGCAUUGGCAAUGAGUGAAGCUAAUGCAGGGUCUGAUGUUGUGUCAAUGAAGUUAAAAGCUGAAAAGAGAGGUGAUCAUUACAUUUUAAAUGGCACAAAAAUGUGGAUUACUAAUGGCCCAGAUGCUGAUGUGUUGUUGGUAUAUGCAAAAACUGAAAACACUCUCAAACCUCAGCAUGGCAUUUCCUGCUUUAUCGUUGAAAAGGAUUUUCCGGGAUUUUCAACCGGAUUAAAAUUGGACAAACUAGGAAUGCGUGGUUCCAACACAGCUGAGCUCAUUUUUGAAGACUGUGUUGUACCAGCUGAAAAUCUUCUCGGAGGUUAUAAUAAAGGAGUGUAUGUUUUAAUGAGUGGGCUGGAUCUUGAACGAAUGCUUUUGGCAGCUGGACCUGUUGGAAUAAUGCAAGCUGCUGUAGAUAUAACUUUUCCUUACCUUCACACAAGAGAAGCUUUUGACAAGAAAAUUGGAAAUUUUCAGUUAAUGCAAGCGAAAAUGGCAGAUAUGUACACGAGGCUGAUGGCUUGCAGGUCGUAUUUAUAUACAGUGGCGAGAGCUUGUGAUGCAGGACAUUUCAAUAACAAAGAUUGUGCAGCUAUUAUUCUUUUCGCUGCUGAGAACGCAACCCAAGUGGCAUUGGACGCUAUUCAAUGUCUUGGAGGCAAUGGUUAUAUAUCAGAUUAUCCCACAGGCAGAUUGUUAAGAGACGCCAAGUUAUAUGAGAUUGGAGCUGGGACGAGUGAGAUACGGCGUCUUGUGAUUGGACGGAGUAUAAAUGACGAAUACCGUGAUGCCUCACGAGAUCAGACACGCGCAACCCAAUGAUCGUAUGACGUACAUAUGGUUAUAUCAAUGUGAAUGAUAGAAGCCUGACCUGGCAAGAAAUAACGA